AUAACACAAAAACAACUUCGACAAUUGGUUUUAUUUUGUCGCCGUGCAGUUAAUGAAAUAAAUGAUAAUGAAUUAAAACCACAAUUAGAUACAUAUUUACGAGCAUUAGUACCAUUAGAAGAAUGUCUUAAAUCACCUCCUACUCCAUCUUUACCAUCAACUCCACCUAUUAAUGAACAACAAACAGAACAUACUCAUCGACAUCAUCAUCAUCAUCAUCAUAAAAAAGCAAAUGGAGCACGAGAUACAUCAAGUCAAAAAUCUGAACGUAUUGAAAAUAUACAAUUUCCUGAAGAAGUUAUUGUUUUUACAUUAGAAUCUAGUGAUAGUGAAUGUCCCGGAAUGUUAUCUGAAGACAAAGUUUUACAAGAAAAUGAAAGAACAAAAUUAAUAAAAACAUCAAGUACAAAUGAAUUUGAUCAAUCGGCUACUGAAAAACGAUUACGUUUUCGUUUAAAUGAUAAUUAUAGUGUUGGUAAUAUAAGUGAUAAUUUGGAAGGUCUUGAAGGUAUAAGUGAAGGUGCUGCAUCAACAGGCAAUUUAAGUGUUACAUCAUCAUGUGACGAUCUUGAUAAAGCAACAAAUGAAAUUGAAACUGAUCAAUUAUUUGAUAAUGCAUCAGUUAGUGGAAGAGCAACACCAAAUUUAUCUGGUCGUGAUACACCUUCGUCACAUAUUAGUCUUGAUAGUAGUGAUCGACGAACAACAAGUACAAAUAAUGCUCAUGUUCAUACACAAGAUAGUGUUAUAAAUAGUCAAACAGCAACAACUAUAAAUACAAAUCAUAAUUCUCUUAUGGGAUCAGUACAACGUGGACCAGUUUUACCUGUUGUUGUACAAAAACCAUUCCGUGAAGAUGUACCAGAUAAAUUUAAUUUAUUUGAUUUACCACAACAACGACCAACUUUAGAAGCAGGUAUUUACAUAAAUAAAAACAAAGACAAAAACUAUUAGCACAAGCUCUGAAGAAUUAAAAUGUAAAACACGAUGUAACUGUUCUUGCUAAUCAUAGAGAGAGAGAGAUUGUUUUAUUCUAUCUAUUUUCAAACACAUUUCUUCACUAUCCUUUUACUUAAAAUUCUCCAGGAUUGGCGAUGGCGGCUACAAAAGUCUUAUGCAAGAAGGGUUCCCAGAUGAUAAACUGCUUUUAAGCUAGAACUAUAUUCAAUGGAUAAGGUCUAGAGAGCAAGAAGAUACCCUCGAAUGAUUCGAACAGCUGGGUCUUUGUUGCUGAGAUAUCGAAUUUUUAGUGGACGUUUCCUGUAGAGCUUCAGUUUUCAAACGAAAUCAUACUUUUGAGUUUUGAUCUGAAACUUUGCCCAUAUAAAGGUACCAAUUAGGCUAACUUGUAGAAUUUGUGUCUUUAUGUGAAAAAAGUUUCAAAUCAAAAUUCAUAACUAUAAUUUCGUUUGAAAACUGGGGUCCUACAGGAAACAUCGACUAAAAAUUUGAUAUCUCAGCAGUAAAGUUCCAGCUGCUCGAAUUACUCUAGAAUAUUUAUCUACUCGCUAAGCCCUAUCGAUUGAAUAUAGUCUCAGCUUAAAAAUGAUUUAUCAUUCGACGGCCUUCUCUCGUCAGGCUUCGGAGAGAAUCCAAAUUGUUACUCUGAUACUUUAAUACUUCUUUUUGAUCGUAUUUCAUCAAAAGAAUGAUUUUC